CAACACUUUACGAGCGCCGCUCUCGUUGGUUGGUGUAGCCGUCGGUCCCAUUCGCUCUCCGUGUUUUGUGUUUUCGUCCGAAUUAUGAGACGCUAGGGUCGGACGGCGGCGCUAGGCAGACUGUUGUUCGAGGCCGGACUGUCCAAAAUGCGCGUCUGGCGCCGACUGCUGUGAAGAAAUCGUCUCUGCGGAAACCAUGGGCCCUGAGGCGUCGCUGCACCUUCGUCGGCCGACCCUGCUGCUGUCCGCCGUCUCGGUGCUGCUGCUGCUGUCAGCCUGCUUUUGCUCCUCCACUUCGUCGGCAGCUCGGACAAAUGCAGGUGUUCUUGAGUUCAGUGAGGAGCCGCAGGACACGGUUGUGCCGCCCGGUUCUUCGGCGGCCCUGCACUGCGUGCUCAAACCUUCGGCGGCCUAUCCGUCCUCGUUCAUCACGUGGCGUGGGCCCGACGGCAGCGUGCUUAAUUUCAUCGGCGACUCCCUUCGUCGGCAGCUGGGCAACGGAACACUUUUCUUCAGCAGCGUGCCCAUCGGCAUGUCCACCCUGCUCGGCACCUACCAGUGUCUGGUGCACCUCGACGGCGUCGGCACCAUCGCCAGCAGGAAGGCCAACCUCUCUAUUGCUUUUGGCCCGCACGUGAGUCAACAGCCUCAGAGUCAAACCGUCCACGUUGGACAAAUCGCCCACUUGGUCUGUGGCGUAGAAGCAAACCCGCCAGCGUCCGUCGUCUGGCUCAAGAACGACCAGGUGCUUACUCUGGACGACACGCGCAUGAUGCAGCUGCCGUCCGGCUCGCUGGACAUCAGCGACGUGGAGUACUGGGACGCCGGAAUGUACCGGUGCAACGCCACCAGCCUCAACAGACACGCCCUGAGCGAGAAAGCCAAGCUGACCGUCCAGCAGGACCAGUUUGCUCAUCCGACGGCGCCGAGGUUUGUUGCCAAACCGGCAAGUGCGGUGGUCAUUGAGGGCAGCACGGUCACUUUGGGGUGCGCUGCGAUAGGAAAUCCAACGCCCUGGGUCACCUGGCUUAAGGAUGGAGUCAACAUUGAUUUUGCUGAUUUGGACAGCCGAUUUUUGCUGAUCGGGACGGGCUCUCUGCAAAUCAGCAAUGUUCAGGUCAGAGACGCAGGUGCUUACCAGUGCAGAGCUGAAAACAAAGAAGACUCUCUAGAUGCUAUGGCUAAUCUUGACGUUCAAGUGCCUCCAAAUUUCAAGAAACGUCCACAAGAUUCUUUUGCUGAAGAAAAGGAGGAUUUGGAACUGAGUUGUGACGUUGAAGGGCACCCUGAGCCCAGGGUGGUGUGGCUGAAAAAUGGAGAGGAAAUCAAACAGAAUGAAUACAUGCAGGUGCUCAAUGGAAAUAAUUUAAGGAUACUUGGUUUAAUGUCUUUGGAUGCUGGAAUAUUCCAAUGCGUCGCAUCCAAUCCUGCAGGGGAAGUUCAAGCAGCAGCACGCUUAACAGUUUUGAGGCCUGGCAUGAACAAGUUGUCUCACAAUCAGCAUCACCCAAAAGAGAACAUCAUUCCCAAACGUGCCCCACUAGGUGAAUCUGCGUUCACCGACGUGCCAACUGAGCCUCAAGAGGUGAUGGCUCCGUUUACAAAUGCGCGCUUCAUCACUCUCAAGUGGAAAGAGCCAGAACACAGCAGCACUCCAGUCUUGGCCUACUCAGUUUACUACAAACUGAAAGACUCAGACAGAGAAAGGGUGGCCAACACGAGCAGGCCUGACAUCAGCAUUUCUGGGCUCACUCCCACCAGAACGUAUGUCUUCAGAGUGGCGGCCAUCAAUUCGCAAGGCGUCGGAAAACUUUCAGACCCAAUCGAGGCGUCCACCCUGGCCGAAGCACACGUCCCUGGCAUUCCUAAAAGCCUGAAGGUCUACGCCACCUCCUCGUCAUCGAUUGCAUCAGAGUGGCAACCUCCAGAGGGUGGAGAGGCCCCGGUCAGUUACUACAAAAUGUUCUACAUGCAAGGAGACUCUUCAGUCGAACACCACGUCGUCACCUACAACACCUCCUUUGAAGUCAGAGACCUGAAGAAGUACUCGGAAUACUCUGUUUGGGUUGUUGCUUUUUCGCCAAACCACGAGCCAGGUGCGAGCACUGAACAAGUCAUUGCCCGCACUUUGGGAGACAUUCCAGAUGAGGCUCCGUCUAAUGUAACCUUGGAGGCUGCUUCAUCGACGAGUAUUGUUGUGCGUUGGGAGCCACCUCCAGAACACACUCAGAAUGGACUAAUCAAUGGAUAUAAAAUCAGAUAUAAACGGAAAGGCCGAAACAAGGGAGGUGAAACCGUUUCAACGGCUGGCAAUCGAAGAAUGUACGUCAUCACAGAGUUGGACCGAGACGCAGAGUACCAAGUGCGGAUGUGGGCUCUGAAUGCCAAUGGAACCGGCCCUCCAACCGACUGGCUUUCUGUCUCCACCUUGGAUAAUGAUUUGGAUGAGUCAAAAGUGCCAGAUGCGCCCAUCAAUCUCAGAGUUCGUCCAGCUGCUGAUUCGGUUCAUGUCACUUGGACGCCAGCUCCAGGCAAAAAUGUCAUGGUCCGAGGAUACACCAUUGGCUGGGGACCAGGAAUACCUGAUGUUUUCAGUCAGGUUGUUGAAGGAAAGCAGAGAUACUACCACAUCCAAAAUUUGAAACCCAAUUCCGAGUAUGUUAUUUCGGUGAGGGCCUACAACAACAUGGGUGAUGGACAGCCAGUUUACGAAAGUGUGAGAACCAGAGAGGAGCCUAUUUUGGAAGUGGCAACUCCUCUUUUACCUCCAGUUGGUCUUGAGGCUGUUGUGCUGACUGCUCAGUCUGUUGUCGUUUACUGGACGGACUCACAGCUUCCGAAAAACCAGGAAGUGACUGACGGUCGCCAUUAUGUUGUCCGAUACACUUCGUACCACCAUUCCUCCAACCCUCGCUACAAGUACACCAACACCACUCAACUGAACACGGUUAUUGUUGACCUGAAGCCAAACACUCAGUACGAGUUCACAGUCAAAGUUGUCAAGGCCCACCGUGAAAGUCCAUGGAGCAUGGUUGUUUACAACACAACUCAGGAAGCAUCUCCUGCCACAGCCCCAAGGGACUUGACUGUGGUUUCAUCCGAGGGUAGCAUCACCAACGUCAACCUCAACUGGCAGCCCCCGAAAACGCCAAAUGGUCAGGUUGUUGGCUACAUCAUCACAUACACGAUAGACCACAACAAGCCAGAGAAAGACUGGGCCAUGGAGGACAUCAGUGGAGACAGAAUGACCACAUCCAUCAAGAAUUUGAACCCUGACACUACCUACUAUUUCCGCAUCCAGGCUAGGAACAAAAUGGGCUACGGUCCUUUCUCCAAUAUUGUCACUUUCAAGACCCCAUACACAACUGGAGGCUACUCUCACGGUUCUGUGCACAACCAUGGCGGCCCAGGUGGAUUAGGGCAAACGAACAUUAUGCUUUUGGGGGUUGCUGUAGGUCUAGUUGCUCUUCUGUUGGUGUCUUCAGUUGCCAUCUUUGUCUGUUGUCGGAAAAAGCAGGAAGAAUCUCCUGAACGCAACAAGAAAAUUGUACAAAAAGGAAAGCCGAACAUCAAACCUCCAGAUCUGUGGAUCCAUCAUGACCAAAUGGAACUGAAGGCUCUGGAGCAGAAAAACGGUCAGAGCAGCAGCUCCUCUCAAGACCCCUUGGACCAGGAUUCGCCACCUUCUUCCGAUCCACCCCAAAUUACAAGAACGAACACAAGCUCAAUUGACAAAAGAACCUAUGUGCCCUCGUACCUCUCUCAAGGCGGUGGCAGCAACAGCAGUCGCCUCAGCGACGACGAACGAAGCUCGACUGCCCGUCGAUCGAAACCUGUAUCGGUGCAUGUGGACGCCACAUUACUGCACAUGGACAUCCAGAGAGACUCAGCCUCAUCCGUUUCAAGCAAUGAUCCAAGGCCCUAUCCCCGUACGCAGUACACUGUCUCGCGAGCCCAUGUUACCCUCGACCCUGGCACUUCAACAGUUGCUUCAUCAACAACCAUCUCUGAAAAUCCGUACUCCCUGCAAGGCGGCUAUGAUUCGGUCGACAGACCACACGCACAUAUAUCAGGCGCACACGCAUCAAAUUACAGCGCCCUGGCCGCAGGAAGUGGCAACGGAGACACAAACACGCUGGGCAAGCGCAUGCAGGGCCACCCCCUCAAGAGCUUCAGUGUGCCUGCUCCACCUCCACAGGCAGGCACUGGCAUCAGGCAGUCCAGCCCCUACAAGAAUAAACUGCCUGCAGCAACACAACUGCCUCCUGGCAUGUCCUCGCUGAAGAGAGGCUCCGACGCAGGGCGCGUCUCCAACUGCACAACUCCCCUGCUCACUCCCUCUUGGGGUGAGAACGAAAUGCCCAACGAGACCACAAGGCUGCAGCCAUCUUUGAGCACAGAAGAGUUGAACCAGGAAAUGGCAAACUUGGAGGGGCUGAUGAAAGACUUAGACGCCAUAACCGCCAAGGAGUUUGAAUGCUGAGAUCUCACCUUGUAAAGACGCUGCUGACGCAGAAAAAUUAUUGUGUAGAUAAUAUGUAUAAAAAUUAAAAGAGAUUUGGUUUUUGAUACAAAAAGACCUGUCUCGAGUUGUGCGAGAAAGAAAGAAAACCACGUCCAUCUGAUCUGUAGUCGUAAGUGACACACGUUGACGGACGCAUUUCAAGUGGAUGCAAAUGUUUUUAAAUUUAUAUAUAAAUUAUUAUAAAUAACAUGUUGACUGAUUUUAUAUAACGAGCUAAAUUGUAGAAGCACAACGGCUUUCUGUGGAAAAUUGACGAGCCUGAAUGGAAACCGGUAAAAAAAAUCAGCACGAAUGGCUAAACUUCUAAAUGUGACUAUGUACUAUUUGAAUUAGGUUACUGUGGAAAUUUUACCUACCUCUUGGAUGCUUUUAUGAGAAAAACGAUUGUGCCAUAUUACGAUGAACGCGGAGAACUUAAUUUUUCAUUUAGCUAAUUAAUUUUGUAGUGAAUUAUUAUUUUUUGUAAAUCGCAGGCAGCUUUUUCUGCAUUUUCUACUUUUGCAAUAAACCGACGGCAUCUAGCGUAGCAACUAAUCUCAAUCAAUGAAGUCAUUGAUCUGCAACAAAACAACACACCACACAAAUUUUAUUUUUUGUUUAAACAUGUAGGAGACUUAGCAAAGUUUGCGAUUAAGAUUAGCUCACUUGACGGUAUCUUCGUACAAACAGCCAUUUGUAUUAAUAUUUAAUAACAAUUAUUGCCAUGUUGGUAGGUGUCGCCUAUUCAUGUAAUACUCUUUGUCCUUUUUUAUAUUUAUCCUCUUCCACUCUACUGUAUCUCAAAAUUUUAUAUGUCAUACAUAAAAAAUACCUAAAAUUGUGUUUUGUAAAAUCUGAAAAUAAAUGGUUGAUUAAAUUGAAAAUAAA